CCGCUGGAGGGCCUUACAUUCAUACCACAUGGCACGAGUGACUGCCUGGGAGUCAGGAGUGUUAUGAGGGAACAGAUUAGCUGUAGAUAUCUCAGGUUCCUGCAGUAGCUGGUGAAAUACACACGUGAAGAUGUCGCAGUUACAAGCUCGCUUCUUCACGGAGAACAAAAGAUAUGUCAUAGAUGAUGUCCCAUUCUCCAUCCCUGCUGGCUCUGAAGUGCAGGACCUCAGCAAUGUCAUCAACAAGCUGCUGGGGGCAAAAAAUGCAUCUCACAGCAAAGUGGAGUUCGACUUCCUGGUCAGAGGCCAGUUCCUGCGGACGCCGCUGUCCACUCACAUGGAGACAGAAGGCAUAUCAACGGAAGAAGUGGUGGAGAUCGAGUACGUGGAGCGGAUCACAGCCCCAGAGCCCGAGGAGUGUAUGAUGCAUGACGACUGGAUUAGCUCCAUAAAUGCAGAUGCUGAAUGGAUCCUAACAGGGUCGUAUGACAAGACUGCCAGGAUCUGGUCUGUGGAGGGCAAGGCGGUGAUGACGGUGGCCGGACACACAGAUGUGGUCAAAGAUGUAGCCUGGGUCAAAAAAGACGGUCUGACCUCUCUGCUGCUGACGGCCUCUCUGGACCAAACCGUCCUGCUGUGGGAGUGGAACUCUGAGAAGAACAAAGUGAAAGCCAGACACUGCUGUCGGGGGCACACGGGGAGCGUUGACACGGUUGCCACAGACCCCACCGGCUCAAAGUUCUGCAGUGGCUCCUGGGACAAAAUGUUGAAGAUUUGGUCAGCAGUGCCCACAGACGAAGCAGACGAGGUUGAGGAACCCGCUGACAGACCGAGGAAGAAACAGAAGACCCAACAGCUCGGCCUCACCAGGACUCCUCUGAUGACAUUGUCUGGACACAACGAGGCAGUGUCCUCUGUCCUGUGGUGCGACACUGAAGAAAUUUGCAGUGCAUCAUGGGAUCACACCAUCCGUCUAUGGGACGCAGAAACGGGAGGGGUGAAGACUACGCUGACGGGCAGUAAAGUUUUUAAUUGUGUUUCCUACUCCCCUCUGUGUCGGCGGCUGGCCUCAGGCAGCACUGACAGACACAUCAGACUGUGGGACCCUCGCACCAAAGAUGGUUCGCUGGUGCUGCUGUCUCUGACCUCCCACACUGGCUGGGUCACGGCUGUGAAGUGGGCGCCGUCACAUGAGCACCAGCUGCUCUCCGGUUCUCUUGACAACCUCGUCAAACUGUGGGACACCAGAAGCUGUAAGGCUCCUCUGUAUGACCUGGCGGCCCACGAGGACAAGGUGUUUUGUGUGGACUGGACAGAAAGUGGGCUGAUGUUGAGUGGAGGUGCAGAUAACAAGCUGUACACGUUCAGGUACGCAGCCUGUCAGACAGAUGCUGGGGCGUAGGCUCCACAGCCAGCAAGGACAUCAACCUCAUCCGCCACCACAGAUGGACAUAAACACAUGAUAUCAAUGUUGUGACAGGCUACAGUAGCAGCAGGAGUUUUGAAUUUUGUACCACACAAAACUUUACUUGCUUUGCUCCUUGCUGUCCCUUUUAGCCUCCCUCAGUUUUUAACACAUAUUUUCUUAUAAAUUGUCUUCUUGUUUUUCUGUAACCCAAGAAAAAUAUAAAUUAAUUUUGUCUCCUA